AUAAAACGCGUGAAAUAUGGCGAUGCACGAUGAUUUGUGUUUAGUGUGCGCGGACCCAUUAGAAUUUACAGCUUUUGGUUCCUGCGGACACAAGGAAGUCUGUUCAAGAUGCGUUGCCCGCAUGCGCUUUGUGCUGAAGGAUCGCGGCUGCGUCUUUUGUCGUCAGGAGAACGCGCAGGUGUACUUUACCCGGUUUAUGGGAGAUUACACAGCACGUCUGGCGCCGGAGGAGUUUGAGAACUUGCAGGCCCGCGCGGACCGGCGUGAGCUCUUCGCGCUGCCUGAAAUCAACGGUUACUUCGACGACGAGAAGCACUUCCAGGAGAUACGGGCGUUGUGCGGGUUCACUCACCCUAUUUUGGAAUCUGGGGUUGCCAAGAACCCCCUAAAGUUCAACAACUUCAACUCGCUUAAGCGGCACAUUGAGGGCACAUAUAGCCAAUAUUUCUGCGACGUGUGUCUCAAGGGCCGAAAGGUCUUCCUAAGCGAGCAGAUUCUGUACAGCAAAGAUGCAUUGCGCAGACAUCAAGAGACGGGAGACGAGUCGGGACCCAUGGCGGAGAGCGGGUUCAAGGGACAUCCAUUAUGCAAGUUCUGCCGCACACGUUUCUAUGACUCCAACGAGUUGUAUCGGCAUAUGGAAGGCAGCCAUGAACACUGCUUCUUGUGCAGGCGGGCUGCCCCCGACAAAUACGUCUACUACCGACACUACAAGGAGCUCGAGGAUCACUUCACCAAGGAGCACCACCCGUGUCCACAUCCAGUCUGCCUGGAGCGCAAGUUUGUGGUGUUCAGCACCGAAUACGAGCUGAAGGCGCACUUCGCGUCCGAGCAUGGUGAUGAGGUGAAGAUGUCGGCAGCUCAGCGGCGUCAGGCACUUGCAAUUCCUUUGCAGCUGCAGUACCGGUCACGGGAUGACGAGGAAACGGAGCCGGGGGCCAGCGCGCGGCUCGAGCGGGCUGGGCAUCAGCAUCAUUACUUGGAACAUGGUGACAUGGUUUUCCUCCUCUCUUUCACUGCGCUCUGGAUACCUGCUUGGAAAGCCAUUGUUAUCGGCGGUGGACACAACAUUGGAAGCCGGGCGGCCCGCAAUGGCCGCGGUCCGUCUAGCGGGAUACACCACAGCCGCUCAGAACCCCAAUUUUUCCAGACAGCGAGCACCUCAGGGCAGGAAGGUGCUUCGGAGGUUAGCAGCGUCACAUUCACCGCUGAGGAUUUCCCGGCACCGCCCAGUUCUCAGCAAGCAGCUGCAGGGGCAUUGGGUCGAUGGGCGGCCUUCACUGGCGCGCAACCCAGCGCCGGAAGCCUGUCCGAGCACGACUUUCCGGCGCUGCCAACGCUGUCUAAGAAUCAACGGCGUCGCAUUAAGGAGCAGCAGCGUACACUGGCGGAGCGCCUAAGCGCAGCAGCACAGCCCCCCCGCGUACUGAACCGUGCUGGGCCAGGGCCAAGCGGCACCAACGGAGCAAGGUUCGGGCAGGAAGAGUUUCCAGUCCUUGGCGGUGGUAUGAGUGUGCAACGGGUGUCACCACCUCCGUCGUCGGAACCGCCCGCUGCAUCAUUGGGUGUCCUCCCAGGACCUGCGCUGUCCCAGGCUGCAGUGCUCAACAAUUUCUUCAUGCGUCCUGGCUCUGCCGCAGCAACUACGUCAGCGGCAGCUGCAACCACGCCUGCUCUCGGGAAUAAGUCGGAUGCAGCAGCGCAGCUUAAAGCCGAGGACUUUCCAUCCUUGCCGGGUGGCAAUAACAAAGCCGGGGCCAAGGCACGUGCAACGAAGGGCCAGGUCAAGGCGUCCUCCGAAGCAAAGACCCAGACAAGCGCCAAUACACCGGAGCCUGCUGUUACCAGCGCCUCCGCUGCCCCACCUAGCAGUGGUGCCGGAGGUGUUUCGGACAGCCUUAAAGCAGCGAACAAGGCGCUUGUUGAGCGGAUUAAGCGCCAGCUCAGCGGUGCAGCGUUUGACACAUUUCGACAGCAGAGCAUGUUCUUCAUGCGGGGCGAGCUGACGGCGGAAGAAUACCAUGAUUAUAUGGUGAGCCUGGGCUUGCUGUCCCUAGUAGCGGAAUUGGUAUCUCUCUGUCCAGAUACUACGAAGCGAAGGUUGCUGCUGGAAGUGCACCGCGCCUUCAUCUGCUCUCCCGCGGCGCAAGACCCGGGGCUGGUCGGUGCCGGCUGGAUGCCCCCCGAGGCGGCGGUGGCAAAGGCCGAUCGUGUCGCUCAGCAGUCGGCAUGGAGCUGCCAGCGCUGUAACCUCUGUAAUGCACCUGACCAUGGCCGAUGCGAGGCCUGUGGGAGCUCGCGGCCCAGAGAGGAGGAGGAGCUUGCUGCAGCCACAGCGGCCGUGGCACUGGAGCCAGUACAGGCGGCUUCAAUCGUUCGGGGCGCCAUGCAGCCGGCGGCAGCGAUGCCGUUGAGCGCGCGUGUGCCCAUGACUGAAUCUCCAAAACCGCCGCGGAAUCCGCCAGCCGUGGAAGAUUUUCCACCGCUAUUGACGGAAUCUAGUCGGCGAGGCUCAGCAGCGGCAAGCGCGGCAGCAGGAAAUCGCACAGAAGCCACUGGCGGCGAUGAUGGGGCGGCUUCAUCGUUAGGUGCAAAUUCGGCCAAGGGGAAGAAGGGAAAGGGCACAAUGAUGAAGAUAGGCUUGCCGGCAUCCGGGGCCGGCGGAAGCUCCGGAAGCCGGACGCACCCGCAAAACGCCUGGACGCAGCCAGCUCUCAAGGCGAAGGUUGCAAACUCUUGGUCGGGACAGGGAGCUGGGAAAGUGGCUAAGAUGCAUGGAGCAAUCAACGAUGCUUGGGAUUAAGGGAGUUUAGGCUGUGCUCUGGGUUUUACGAAGCUGCGCCGAUAGGGCGCCCCAUCGUAAGAAGCUCGCGCGAGAACUUUAAGCGUGGACCGCUGAGGGGGAGAGCGUAUAGCUAGAUUCACUGCUAGAAUAACUGGUGUCUGGGACCCCGCUUGCCGUGUGCCAAAGGUUUAGGGUGCCUUUCUGGUGUGUUGUUGCACAAAACGACUAAUGGUAGUGGAGGCAUGCAGGUUGCGUUGUGUUAUGGCUUAAGUUGCACAACUUAUAAGCUGUGCGUGAUGUGCUGUUGGACGCGAGGCGAGAAGACUGUGUGUGGACGACCGGCUUUCGGAAUGGGAACAUGAUGGAGCCGUAUAACUUGCCUUGGUACAGUGCCAAUGAACUCUAGCAUAAGGAUGGCCCUGUAACGUGGCUGAAU